AUGACAACAAUACAGAUAUCGUCCAAACGUGGUAUUGAUAUUGCAAAUAUUGAUUGUGUUAUUCUUUAUGAUUUACCAAAAAAUAUUCGUACAUAUGCACAUCGUAUUGGUCGUACAGCACGUGCUGGUAAACAUGGUCGAUCAAUAACAAUUGUUGAAAAAGAACGUUUAACAAUGUUUCGUGCAACAAUAAAAACUUAUCGACGAAAUAAACUUAAACAUAUGAAUAUAACAAAAGAAGAUUUUUCAUAUAUGUUAAAUGAUUAUCAAAAAGCAUUAGAAAUAUUUUCUAGUAAAGAACAAAAGAAAAAAUUAAAAAAAAAUAAAUAA